AUGGCGACACGGUCACGACGGAAGCAGCCGACGGCCGAGGAGGUGCCAGAGGACGCCGAGAUGGCCGAUGCGCCGGCCGCGGCCCAGGACGAGGUUGCUGCUGAGGAGGAGGGCGCCGAGAUUGCCGAGGACGGUGGCGACGACGAGGAAGACGAGGAGGAGGAGACACAGAGACUGCCGGGAUCAACACCAACUGCCGCUUCGUUUGAGUUUCUCGAGGAGAACCACACGAUGGGCAAUGCCCUGCGUUUUGUCAUUAUGAAGAACCCCAACGUCGAGUUCUGCGCGUACGCCAUUCCUCACCCCUCUGAGGCGAAGAUGAACAUCCGUAUCCAGACCUAUGAGGGCACGGCGAUUGAGGCCUUAGAAAAGGGUUUGCGUGACCUGCAGGACCUCUGCGACGUUGUUGGCGAGAAGUUCUGGGACGCGCGGAACCAGUAUAUGGCGGCUACCGAGGCAUAG